AUGCACGAUCACUUCGCUUCCUAUCGCGACGGCGGCCCUCGCCACCAGGGCCAUCGCGACAGCGACGCAUCGAGCGCGGCAUCCAUCGUGCCGCAGCCUACGGCGCCGCCCCCGAGUUACCGCAGCAGCGCCGCCGCCAACAACCCCCUUGCUCCCGACGGCAUGAUGACCCCGCCGCCGAGCGAGAAGGCCGCGGCCGGGGAGAGAGAGUACCUCAACUCGCCCGAGGAGAUCCUGUACAUGCAGGUCUUCGUCGAAGAGGUCGGUGUGUGGAUGGACUCGCUCGAUAAGGAAAAGCACUUCUCCCGCCUCAUCCCCUACCACUCCCUCAAGUCGCCCAUGCUGCUCAACGCCUUCCUCGCCUGCGGCGUCAAGCACCUCACCCUCAUCAACCCGGCCUACCAGGACGACAAGGCCCUCUUCUACUACGACACUGCCACGACCCAGCUCCUCCGCAGCCUGCAAAACCCGGACCGUAACACGGGCGAGUGCGCCACCACCGCCGUCGUCCUCAACGUCUACGAGAUCAUGUCCGAGAAGCCCGCCCAGCGCAUGAACCACAUCGCCGGCGCCCGCGCGCUCAUCCGCGAGUGCAAGUGGGACGCCAAGUCGUCCGGCAUCGGCGCCGCGUGCUUCUGGCUCAACAUUGGCAUGGAGGUGCUGUCCUGCCUGGCGUUCAACUGGCAGACGUCGUGGGACCCGGACCAGUGGGGCCUGGACAUGGACUUCGCAGCCGACGGCGCAGCCGCCGCCGCUGCCGCGAGGUCGGCGUCGGGAGACGGCUUCGGCCAGGAGGAGUUGUGGGUGCAUCGGAUCCUGUACAUCGUCGCCAAGAUUGCCAACUUCCGCGCCACGAUCCCGCGGUUCCAGGAGCCGAGCCCGCACGACGAGCAGAUCCGCCUCGGCAACCGGCUCGCGCAGUGGCAGGACCUCAAGAGGCUGUGCGACAAGUGGAACAAUGCGUGCCCGAGGACGAUGCACCCCUUUGGCUACCUCUACCCCUCGCAGACGAGCUCCAAGUCGGCCUUCCCCAACGUUUGGCUCAUCAAGCGCGCCGCCAUCAUCGGCCGCCUCUUCUACCACACGGCCCAGUGCCUCCUCGCCCAGACCAACCCCAUGGAGCCGGGCAAGGCCUCGGAGGAGAUGCGCGCCCUGCAGCUGCACCACGCGCACCAGGUCUGCGGCAUCGUCGCGCACACAAAGGACCGCGGUGUCGCCUCCGUCGCGAUCCGCUCUCUCGCCAUCGCCUCGGCCGUCCUCACCGACCCGCGCGAGCAGGAGGAGGUCCUCGAGAUCCUCGAUAAGAUCCAUGCCGAGAGCGGCUGGCGUCUCGGCAAGAUCCACGGCGAGCUCAAGAAGGCCUGGGGCUGGCCCAGCCCGGCGCCCUCCCACGCCAACACUCCUGGCGACCACAGGGGCUCGGUCGGGUACGGGAGGUCCGGCCCCCCCGGGAACCCUCCCGCCAUGGCGACGUCGACCGCCUCGGCCCCGGGCUCAAGCGCCGCGUCGUCGGCGCCCAUGAAGGCGCUCGUCAACCCGCUGUCGUUUGCUGACUUUAGCCUGCCGAACCACCCGUACCAGAACUGGUACGAGCCGCCCAACCGCAAUAACUCGUACAGCUCGCAGAGCUUCCUAUGA